CGCCAUUCCGUUUACUUGACUGCUGUUGUCAUUUUCUGAUGGGUGCGAGCGUUCUUGUGUGACGUUUACCUAAUUUUGCGGACUUUUCUUCCACAAUUCUCUUUGGAUAUAUCUUUAUACUCUAUAAUGUGUCAAGGUGAUGUAUCAGCAUGAUGGAGUCUUGUCAGCUUGACCGGGAAAACCUCAACAGUUUAUGGGCAGAAAGCAGCAGCAGCAAUAGCAGCCUCCUCAGCGACUCACAGCUGACUCAGCCCAGCAUCUCGGAAGACAGAGAGCACGUGAAGGUCUACCUCCGCGUCCGACCCUUCACGGCGACCGAGGCCCAAAAUGGAGAGUCGCAGGACUGCGUGUCCGUGGAGCCUCCGGACACAGUCCUGCUGAGGCCUCCCAGCGCGCCGCCGACGGCUCGCCUCAGCUCUGACAAAUGGGACAAAUCCUUCCUGCACACCGGUCAGCGCUUCCGCUUCUCUCAGGUGUAUGGUCCAGACGCCACCCAGAGGGAGUUGUUCCAAGGGACGGUGAAGGAUCUGGUCCAAGAUGUUCUCCACGGAGGGAAUUCCCUGCUUUUCACUUACGGGGUCACUAACGCUGGGAAAACCUUCACGUUUUUGGGUCCGGAUGGCGACGCCGGCAUCCUGCCCAGGUCUUUGGACGCCAUCUUCAGCAGCAUGGAGGGGAAGGUCUCGACCGGGCCCAGCGUCAAACCUCAACGCUGCCGUGAGUUCGUCAGUCUGAGCGAGGAGCAGCGGGCCGAGGAAGCUGCCUUCAAGGACAACCUGCUGCAACACUUCAAAGAGAACGACAAGGCCUGCAGCAGCGUGGGGAGCUCCAGCGGCCCCAUGCGCCUCCAAGGCUCGUCGCUGCUCCGGCAGACGGCGGAAGACCACCCGAGUCUCCAAGUGGAAGCUGACAGCAAGUUCUCCGUUUGGGUCUCCUUCUGCGAGAUCUACAAGGAGAACAUCCACGACCUCCUGGCCGCCCCCGGCGGGGCAGCCAGGAGGACUCCCCUGCGCUUGUCUCAGGACGUUAAAGGAAACGCCUUCGUCAAAGACCUGCGCUGGGUGCAGGUGGAUAGCGCCCACGAGGCCUACCAAGUCAUGAAACUUGGCAAGAAGAACCAAAGCUUCUCCUCCACUGGGAUCAACCAGCUUUCCAGCAGGAGUCACAGCAUCUUCUCCAUCCGCAUUCUGAGGAUGAAGGACGACCAAUGUGCCCGAGUGGUCGCUGUCAGCGAGCUGUGCCUUUGCGACCUGGCCGGCUCGGAGCGCUGCGCCAAGACUCAGAACCGGGGAGAGCGGCUCAAGGAGGCCGGAAACAUCAACGCGUCGCUGCUCAUCCUGGGGAAGUGCAUCAACGCCCUCAGGCACAACCAACACGCUAAGCUGCCACAGCACGUCCCUUUUCGCGAGAGCAAGUUGACGCACUACCUGCAGGCCUUCUUCUGCGGCCGAGGCAAAGUGUGCAUGAUGGUCAACGUCAACCAGUGCGCGUCCACGUACGACGAGACGCUCCAAGUCCUGAAGUUCUCCGCCCUGGCGCAGAAGGUGGUGCUUCUACCCAGCAGGGCCGCUCCCUUCCCACCCCGCAAGCCGCACCCCAACAAAGGCGCCAGGAAAACGCUGCGAGGCUCUCUGAUUGGCUUGCAGAGCAGCCUGGAGGAUGUGCAGGUGAGACAGGAAGGGCGUGGCCAGCGCCGUCCCGUCCUCGUCCUCAUUUGGGGCUCCUUUCUAACACGUGAGCUUUAUCAUCGCCAGGAGGAUGAUGAUGACGAAGAAAAGACUACAGCGGAGGACAUGGUCUAUGAAAGUGAGGAGGAAGACCAUGAAGAAAUCGAGGACCAAGUCAUCAUCAGUCAAAUGACACACCAGCAGCAGGCGGCGCUGUUGAGACGUCUUCAAAUGGCGCUGAAGCGGGAGCGAGCAGAGAGCAUGCUGGUGGAAACUCGUGUCAGAGAGGACGUCAGCAGAGAGUUCAGCCAGAUCUUCGCAGACAUGCAGAACGACUUCACGGAGCGGCUGGCCAGGGAGACGCAACUCCUGGAGGAGCGAGCGGAGAAACGUCUGGAGAUAUUCAAGAUGAUGACCAACAAGAUGGCUGCCUGCAGAGAGGCUGAGGACCACGAGGCGUCAAUGUCAGCGUCCUCCUCGUCUCCGCUGGAAGACAGACCGACGUCGGACGGACCUACACUCCAGAGCAACGCGAUGAAGCCAGGUGAGAGCAGUGCGGCAGAGGAGGAUAAGACGAGGCUUGCGGCCGAGCUUCGGGAGAAAUGUCGGGCUCUGCUUCAGCUGGAGAAGCGAGUGGCUGAGCUGCAGGCGGAGGUCGAGCGCACCUUGGAGGAGAACGCCUCCCUCUGCCGGGAGAAGAAGGAACUGCAUGAGGUGCUGGGUGGCCUUCGUGAAGAGCGAGCCACCCAGGAGGACACCAUCGUCGCUCUGGAGAAGAAGCUCCUAAACACGGAAGAAGCACUCCAGGAGGUCACCAAAUCCAGGGAGGAGGCCAAGACCGCUCUGCAGGACCUGCUGCGCCGCCAGACGAAAGCACUGGCGGCCCUGGACGAGGCCAAGGAACCCCGAGAGGAAGUCUGGACGCCCCGGGAGGGCGCCUGCUCAGCCCUUGAUGCUGCCAAAAGAAGCAAAGACGCGACGCCGGAGCGGCAGAGGACCAGGAGAGAGGAAGUUGGCAGGCUGCUCGACGAGGUUCCGAGGCUCACUGCUGCACUGAAGGCUUCCCAACAGCAGGUCGCCAGUGAGAUGUUGCGAGCAGAACAAGCGUCCACUCAAUUGCACGCUGCCCAGGAGCACAUCGCCGCCCUCGGCCAAGAGCUUCGCGCCGCCCUCGGCCAGCGGCCCGGCAAAGCUACGGCCCGAGAAAGCACGGCGAGCGAGAUCCGGACAUCGGAUCCGCUGCCCGUCAAAGAAGAUCUGGCCCACGAGAAGCUCUCGUCUGAACUGCUGCGAGAGAGCGUCGGCCUCCGCCACGCGGCGGAGGAGUUCCGAGAGCAGCGCCGGAUGGUCCGAGAUCUCCGAGAGCAGCUUCGCGAAGGCCAGGAAGCAUCCGACAAGCAGCUGGAGGAAGUCGGCCGUGAACUGCGCGAACGGGAAGCGUCGUGUCGGUGCCUCCGGCAGGAGCUCGGCGAGCGAGAGCUCACGACAGAGCGGCUGAAGAGGGAAUUGCAAGAAGCAAGCGCCGGAAGAUGUGCGGCCGAAGAGGACCUCGGCAGGGCAAACGUGGCGCUUGCGGCUCAAGUGGCGUCCUCGAAGGCAGAGGAAGAGAAGACGGCGACGCUGCUGAAAGAUGAGGAGGUCCAGACGGAGCAACUUCACGUGCCGGCAGCUCCGAUCAAAGCGUCCCAGCCACAGGCGGAUGGGCCGAAUGCCGACGAGCUGGAGAGCAAAUUGCGGGAGCGAGAGGCACAGAUGGCGGCUCUGCAGAAGAAGCUGCAGGAGGCGCAGGCGCGUCGCGACGAAGACGACGUCCAGGCGCUCCACGAGUGUCGGCAGAGGGAGGCCGAGCGGCGCCGGGAGUUGCUGGCCGCGGCGCACGAGGCCAUCCAGCAGAAGGACGCCGAGCUGGAGAAGAGAGCCCUCGAGAUCGCCAAACUGAAGGAACUUGCCAAGCAGGACUCGGACAAAGUCCAGAGCCUGAGUGCGAAUCUGCAGAGGAACGAAGAGGACUCUUCCGACCUCCGAGAAAAGCUGGCCGACUACAAGAAGCAGAUGCAGCAGGUCCACAAAGAUAUCUCCAGCAUGAAAGAGGACGAGAGGCUCUUGAGACAGAAGCUGUCAGACGUGGAAAGGCUGAAGAAGCAGCUUCAGUCAGACCUCACAAACAGAGACAGAACGAUCCAACAACUCAAGGCAGAGCAGCCCGCAGAGAGCAAGUAUGCCGAGACACUGCGGCUGUACCGUGAGGCUCGUCAAGAGCUGGAGGCCAAACAGCGGCUGGUGGACGAUAUGCGCUCGGCUCUCGCCGAGCAGGAGGAGACGCAGGAGCAGAUGGAGCGCAUGCUGGAUGACAAACUCCACCUUAUCCAGGAGCUCAAUAACGAGGUGGACAAAGUGAAGGAGAUGUUGAGAAAACAAAACGCCGGCCACGCGAGCCAAUGCGCCGAGGCCUUGUCACGUGACCUGCAGCUGGCCAAAGAGGAAGCCAUGAGCGCUCACCAGAACAUGACGCUGUUUGAGGAGAAGCACCUGACGGAACGUCAAAAGUGGCGGGAGGAGAAGAUGGCGCUGAUUGGUCAAAUCAAGGAGGCGGAGGACAAGCGCAACCAGGAAAUGAAGAAGUUUGCGGAGGACCGAGAGCGCUACCUGGCCCGGCAGGCCGAGCUGGAGGCGGAUCUGCAUUCCAAAGAGCAAAUGAUGGUGAACUGGAGGCAGGAGAGAGACACGCUGGUCGCCGCCUUGGAGGUCCAACUUCACAAGCUUCUCGCCAGCCAGGCUGACAAAGACAAAAUCAUCCAGCAGCUUCGUGACAACAGCGAGCGGUCGCCGCCAGAGGCUGGCGGCGGCGUGGCGGAGACGGAAAGUCACACGACAUCGCUCAAAGAGGACGGCGAGCUUGCGGGUGGCCGACGGGACGACGCUGACACUAAGGGCUCGUCGGGAUGCCCGUCCGUGCUGGAAUCGUCGGAGAUCUCCACGGAGAACGGGCGCUCCAGCCGCUUCCCGCAGCCCGAGAUGGAGAUUUCCUUCAGCCCGCUGCAGCCUAACCGCAUGGCGCUGCGGCGCCAGGGCGACCCGAGCGCCAUUACCGUCAAGAUCACACGUUCGAACCGCAAGAGGAAGAGCGCCGACAUGGACAAGUGUCACAUUUUUAGACGCAGCAAACGUCCGACAAAUCAACCCCAGGAUGAAGUGGAGGCAGAGAAUCGAAGAAACGCUAAAGUGACGCCGACACUGAGCGAGCACCAAGAGGAGCAGUCUCGUUCGUUGGCGCCCUCCGGCUCCCGCAUGGCCCGCACUCGGAAAGACGCAACGCUGCAGAAGAUCGGCGAUUUCUUGCAAAGUUCGCCCACUCUCAUCGGGUCCAAAGCCAAGAAGAUGAUGGGCCUGGUGAGCGCCUCGUCGUCCUCGUCCUCCAUUGGCCUGAGAAGCAAGAAGAGCAAAAGGAAGUUGUUCAGCGCCGACAUCUCCUCCCCCAUGGCCGUCCCCGCGCACCCGAUGGUCGGUACCAGCCUGGUGACCCAGGACAAACAAAGCGAUCAUCUCAUCAUCAAAAGACGACUUCGUUCCAGAAUUGGCAACUAACACACACACACACGUUUGUAUGCUUGUUCAUGUUCUGUUGGAUGAUUGCGUCAAGGCACCAUAAUGCCGUUGUUUGCGCUUGACCAAGUUGCGCGUCAUGUUGUCGGUCUCGCCUCGCUAGCCACCCUGGAGGAGCGCGGCGACGUUCGUAGCGCCGUCUUGCAGUCUUCCAUGCUAAGCCAGGCUAAGCUAACGUCGCACGAGAGGAACUUCGCGGAAGUCGUUUCCGAUUUGAUCGCUGUCCGACCGUUGACGCUAACGCGCCCGUUCACUUUAUUUCAUUGUCGAUGUGCAAUUUGACUCGUCGUUUGAGCGCGAAACGAUGCUAACUCAUUAGCGGUUUUGGUUUUCAUGGCAUCGCUGAAUGGUUGUGCACUUUAAACACGUCCGGUUUGUUUUUGACGAACGCUUGUUUUGAGGAUUAAAAUGUUCGAUUAAAAUUCACCACUUGGCUCCUCCUUUGACUCCCCUAAUG